AUGGCCAUUCAGUACGCAAGGGAGAACAACAUCUUCGAUGAGUUCCAACGCGCGAUUCUUCUCACGGAUCAAGCGGGGGACUAUAAAUCUCAGAGAGUUCUCUCUGACAUCAGUGAUGUCGAAGGCUGGGGAAUGCCCAUCACUAAAGUCUUCAAGCAAGCCCGCCACGGCAAAUCUACAAUAGACGCCGUUGGCGGGCGGGCUAAAAUCGCAAUGCGCGCCGAUGAGAUGAACGGGCUUUGCAUUCCGUCUGUCGAACUGAGCGACUAUGUUCUCCAACUAAACGAGAAGAUGAAGGACAAAGACAAGGACGAUGGGAUUUUCAUCAAUUUUGCGCACGAUCCGAAGCAAACUGACCUGCAGAUUUUGCGCAUCCACGACGGCGUUUUUAACAAGAUGACCAAGCUCCAAAAGAAAGACAACGCAGGAAAUGCUAUACAAACGAGUAUGGCUUCGAUCAGAAUGGUCAAAUGCAUAGAGAUACAAAAAAGAAGCCGUGAUUUCAUCGAAUUUUCCAUCAGCCACAACGUUUGCCCCAAUCUUUGCUGCUUGUUCGAUGACACUGAUUUUUGCGCAAACUGUACAUCAUAUAAACUUGUUGCUAACUCUGCAGAGUUCUCCUACGACGAAUAG